CUGCAGUCGAGCAGGGCGCCGACUGAGGCUGCGCUUGCGUCACCGCUCAUGUGCUAAACCCGUAACUAAUUGACACAUAAUAACAAUUUAACACUUCAUCACCGCUUCCCACUUACGUCCAUAACAAUGGGAACUGACGGACCGCCGAAUGCGAAGGAAACAAAAGCUAAACUGGAUUAUCUCAAAGAGCUCCUUACUGACCGCACAAUCUUGGCUUCAGAUCCGCAUGUAUACAUACACUUGGGAAAGAUUUUGGAGCAAGGUACGCGUGCAUAUUCUCAUUGUAUUUUCCUAGAAAUCCUUCGCAUUCGCAGCUCUCUGUUUUCCGCCUAUGGAAUUUACACAAUAACCGAUAGCGAGUUACCUGAACCUGAGGGUCCCAAAGUGAAUCUUCAAACGAAGGUCUAUAUGCCCACAGACCCAACUAAUUCGUUUAACUUUGUUGGACGCAUUCUGGGUCCGGAUGGUUCGACUGCCAAGUGUUUGCAACAGUGUUUGGGCGUUAAAAUUAUGGUUCGAGGGCGAGGAUCUAUGCGGGAUCGUAAAAAAGAGGAAGCCAAUACGGGCAAACCGAAUUGGGAACAUUUGAACGAAAACCUGCAUGUUGUACUGACCGUCGAAGAUUUUGAGAACCGAGCGAAAGCACGCUUAGCCAAAGCGAGCGAAUACAUUAAUUUGUUCUUGAAGGAGAGUAUGAAAGGGUCUGAUAAGGAUGACAAGGUGAAGCAAAUGCAGCUGAUGGAACUGUCCUUCAGAAGAGAGCCGCGACCUUCAUGGCAUUUCAACUGCAACAGUCUCUUGGAUGUGACUUUGCCACCUAAGCCCGGUGCACUUUUCCCUAAUGCUGCGGCAGCUGCGAACAUGCUCAGCUUCGAGCUUGAACCUCUGGCUGCAUCAAGUGGUGGAGUGCAUCCGAUGCUGCAUGGAAGCACUCCGAAUCAUAGUCAACAAACGAAACACGGUGGAGUCGGUAGCAGUGGGAGUACCGUAAAUACAAAUGGGGCACUUAGUGGUACCACCAAGCACGGCCUCAAGCCACGUUACUCACAAAAGCAUGCUUCUCAGAUCGCAGUGCCACAAAGCCAUGCUGCCGGUUCGGAUGCCACGGUCGGCCGAAGUCAGAGUCGCUCGACCAUGGCAACUGUCAAAGUGGGAACAAAUGAACGAAAUUCACAAAAAACUGGCGGACCAACAACGAUAAUUCCAGAAUCAAACGGAUCAAUGAAAGAACUGAGCAAGUCUGAUACAAAACCCGAAGGAAAGUCAGUAAACAGAGAGUUAAACGGGACACAAAACGCUGUAGUAGGAUCGCCUGCACUUUCUACUUCAGUGAAGCCACUUUCACUGCGGUCGACUAAUUCUGAAGUCGAGUGGCCAAAACUGGGCACCAACGUCCGGGAUAAAAGUACGAUGGACGUCACAUCUGCACUGUCUUCCUUUGUUCCUGUUUCUUCCCCAUUUCCCCUCCCAGAUGGUGGCACAAAGAGAUAUCUUUUCUACUCACGCUCUCUACCUGUCUACUCCUCGCCUCAGAAUGUCCACAUUUUAAACCCAGACCAUUUGGCUGAUAACUGCACACCUCGUGUCAUCUCGACUGAUCUGGAAACACUGCACAGCUAUCAGUUCUACACCCUCUAUUCUUUCACGCCGGGACGCUUGGUAAUUUCCACUGUUUCGGCCAUUCCCCGUCUCAGAAUGUCCACUUUCUUCAAAUCUAUCUUGUGCCCAGUGUCUGGUGCAUGUCUUGCCAUUGCCGAAUCUUUGACUAUCCCGUGA